AUGUCGUCGUCGCUGCUCGCGCUCGCCAGGGCGAUCGGCGAUCUCCUCGCCAGGCGCGAUUGCGCCGUGGACGAUGUCGUGGCGGCUCUCGGCGUGCUGCGAUCGGUCGUCUUCGGCGAUCGUCAAGAUUCUUCCAAGAUUGGAGAUAUCGCUCAGCUUGCAGAUCUUUGCAAGCAACGAGGACAAGGAGAAAAUGUGCUUCACGAGCCAGAAUGUUUUGGAAUCGUGGCCAAGUUUCUUCUUUACAAGGUGGCACCCGACUGGAUCGCCUGUCUCACGGAGAGUGAAAGAAGCUCGCUCUUUGAUGAUUUUUUCCUGGCGGGCCGUCCAAGCGAAGUGCUCAUGGCUCUGGUGCCGGCACUUGGUACGGAACAUUCUCUCGAAAGUGAGUUUGAUAACGUUCUGUGCAUCCAAGCCGAACGGCUAUUGAUCAAGUGUUUUGUGGAGAAUCCAGGAGUGCGUAACAUAGCGGAGGAGUUUGCUGAGGCUGGACAGCCGUCGCUUCAAUGCAUCACACAAGUUGCGCAGCUUGUUUCAUCUGUUCCUGACAGGGUGCGUCCAAAGGCUCCUGCGAGUCUUCACAGUCCAUCAUUUCUCAGCUCCGUGGUGUCCCAAAUUCUUUCGGCUGCCAAGGAGGGCUGGGAUGGUUCAACCGACAGCCUCGCCAAGGGGAAGUUUCUGUUUAUAGGGGAGCUUUUUAACAAGCUUUGCAGGCGUGGUCACGCUGAUGUUGUGGCUGCGAAAUUUGUUUCCGAGUUAUCACACUUUGUUCAAACGUUGAAAACAGUUCCCAAGGAGAUCACAUGCUGGCAAGGGGUAGUUUUGUCCAUGAAAGACUUCUAUGCUCUCGAGCGGAUGGCGGAAGCUGUAUUGUACAGACUAAACGACUGUUAUGUGACAGAACAAGAUGCUUACUUUACACUCCACUCGUUAUUCGGAGACCCGCUUUCGCACGCAAGUGUGAGAAAUAUUUUCACUGACAGGUUUUUACUUUGGAAAGUGUUUCCUUUGCGUAUUUUGAAUUGCAUACUGUCGUUCUCAGUGCUUUGCAAGCACGGCGAGGAAAAGAACAUUCAGAAAGAUAUCGCAAGAUCUCUAGCAGAAUCUUGGGCAGAAAAAAAUUACAUCCAGUCUGCAUCGAACGACCGCCAAGCAUAUGUGACCGCGGCUCUAGGUAUCUCCAUCAAAGCGAUGACUAAAGAGGAGAUUUCAGGAACUGACAGUCUUCUAAAAUUUAUUCUUGACGGUGUUAGUAGAAGGCUGGACAGCCCAUUUCCACUAAUUCGCCGGAUGGCAAAACAAAUUGCUCUCGUAUAUUCUAUCGUGAUCAAUCCAGAUAACCCUCUACUUCUAGACGACGAAGACAAUAUCGAGGAUCUUCAAAACUGGGAUGUUCCAGAUUAUUCGGGAAAGAAGGUUUUGGCUGAUGCGCCUGAAGCAGGGAACGAUGGUAUUGCGAGGCAGGUGAAGGCCAAAACUACAGUGGAAGUGGAUGAUCCGGAUGCUGUGGUAGAUCUGGCAAACCUUGGCGGGAACGAAGAAUCGGACAGCGAAAGUGAGGCUUCUCUCAAGCCAUAUGACAUGUCUGAUGACGAGGCCGAUCUUGACAAAGCAAAAUUCCCAUCACAGCUGAGUAGCUGUGCUGCGAGCUUGAGAAAAGGAGACGAUCCGGAUGCAAUCGAAAGAGCUCUGGAUGUGUGUGAGAACUUCGUCAGGCUAAUGCCUGACGAACUCGAGAACUCGGCGGCAGAUUUGGUCCAAGCAUUAGUAUAUGUGCGUUGUAGCGCCGCGGAUGAUACAGUGGAAGUCAAACGGCAUCGUGCACUUAUGGCUUUGCUGGUCUGUGCACCACUGACCAGUGCAGGUGUUCUAACAAAAGAGCUCUACUCAGUUCACGUUGACAUGAGCCAACGGCUUAUGAUCCUGGAUGUUUUAGCGGAUGCAGCGCAAGAGCUUGCGAAUGGUGCGGAGCCUAAGGAAGUCACUCGAGCGGCAGGGCCUUGGAAAGAGGUGUCGCGUCCAUUGUCGGGCGAUUCUUUGCUAUCGUGGGGACCGACGUACGAGAGGGAACUCCCACCGCGGCCCGGACAAGAAGAGCUUGGGAAAUCUCGCCGGUGGGGUAAACGGUCGCUUGAGCUCCAAGUGGAAAGGUUGAAGACAGGAGGAGGCGAGUCUUGUAGUUAUAGAAGAAACAGAUUUGCUCCGGUUGCUACUGCAUUCAUGCUGCCGGUAAUGCGAGAUUACGACAAGAAAAGAAGUGGGCUCGACAUAAUGGGGACAGACUUCAUUAUCCUUGCGAGACUUAUAAUGAUGCUGGGUGUUUGCAUGCAGUGUCUGUCUCUCCAGCCGGAUUCACCGGCGUUAGGUGCCGGGCUUAUUGAAAUGCUGAGAUCUCGGCCCAUCUUCAAGCAUCCGGAACCUUAUGUGAGAAGAGCAGUACUCUUUGCUGCUUCCCGUGUCUUGGUAGCACUUAGUCCUUCACAUGUAGCCGCACUGGAUGCUUCUCUUACCGAAGGUCUGGAGUGGAUCCGCGAAUGGUGUCUUGAAGUUGCCUCCCAUGAUCCAGAUCCCGACUGUGCCAAGAUGGCCGUCGCGUGCCUUCACAUCCAUUCUGAAGUGGCCUUUCAGACAUCAAGAUUGCUUGGGCCAUCGGGACCACCUUCGAUGUUCCCCCUGUGAUUGCUAUGGUUUGGAUACUAAAGGUGACAUACAGCGACACAGUGAUUGUCUCAAGCAAAGGAUUUUAUCUCAACCCGUAUCAACGUGUAACUGUUCCUGGUUUUCAACCAAGGCUUGGAGAUGAAAGAUUAUUGGCAAGACCAGAUUACAGAAAGCUUGCGGCUCGUUCAAGCGAAGUGAGUUCGGCGUGCUCUAAACUUGGUUGUCCGUCUCGAUGAGCUGUCCCUCCGUGUUCCCGUCGCUGCAGACCCGGAUGUUUUUUUAGAGCAAGCUUGAGUGUUCUGGCAAACAAACGAACACUUAAUUUAUCAAGGUAUGGUAUUUUCAUCCGAAUCCUGUGAAAGAUUCUGGUGCGAAUCAAAAAGCUAUAGCAUAUUAUUCA